AUGGACCUGGACAAGUUCUACAGAGAAGACCAUACCUUCUACAAGGUCAUAAUUGGUGAUUUCAGCGCCAAAAUUGUCCCCAGAAGAACCCCUGAGGAACUUCGCAUUGAGACCCACGGCCUACAGUGGAAUGAACAGGGAUGUCACCCAGUGGAAUGUACAGUAAUGAAACCACAUCAUCGUCAGCAAAAGGUUCUGGUUGACGGAUGUCGCUGUUGUGCCAAAGUUCUAUACGGGAUCGGACCAUCGACACCUCGGGGAAGAUUUUCGUUCACCCGGAGAGAAGAGAAAGGCGCUAGGUUCAGAAAGCGAAGUCCCAGAACUGUCAUUGACUGCGAUCUCUUUGGUUACGUUAGCCUGCUUUUGGGAAGAUUCCCCAUUGAACAACAUUGA